AUGGAAUUAAGUCUUGAAGAUACCACAUUCAUAAGUUGUUCUGAAUACGGAGCUAUUUGCAUAUGGGACGUGACCAAUGCAGAAGAUAAAACCAUAGUACUCGACAAAAAUUUUACAUAUUUCAAUGAAAUUCUCAUAACUAAGACUGAUUUAGAAGAGAAACUUAGUUCCAUUAGAGAUCUCACUCAAAGAACGUACGAAUUGGAAAUGGAGCAUGCAUAUCAAUUGCGUCAUACGGAAACCGUUUACAACGAAAAGGAAUCUCUCGAAAUACUCGAAACCAAUCAUACAACGGAAUUGUAUAACAUCAGUUCGGAUGUCAACAUAAUAAAAGAAAAACACGAAGCGGAAAUGCUUGAAUUGGAAGCAAAAUAUAAUGAGUACAUGAAAAAAGAUUUUAAAAAAGCUCGUUUGGGUGAUCAAGAGUGUAUUUUUGAACUACAACGGCAAAAAAAUUACCUGCAAGAUAUUGUGACGUCUCUAGAAAAAGAGCUCAAAGUUAGCAAAUAUGUGAACUACGGAGAAGGAAUGAAUUACAUGGAAAUGAAUUGGAGUUUAAUGGAUGAGAUUUAUAAAAUUAGGAAAAAAUUGAAAUUCGUUCAAACUAGAGUUCAAGACAUGGAAACACUAAUAUUUGUAAAACUCAAUAAAACUUAUUCUCCGAGACAAGUGCAAAAAAUAAUAAAAUCGGCAUUAGAACCUCCAGAAGACGUUCAAGAAAAAUGUCACAUUAACAUGGAAAAUGCAUUGAAAAAAGCAAUUCUAGUCAAAGAAAAAGUGGAUUUGUUGACAAAGAAAGUUAAAAACAUUCAGAAAGCGAUGAUUUCAGAGGCUGCGCCUUUGAAAAAAAGAAAAAUGAGAUUCGAAAUUUAG